AUGCGUUCAGGAGUGAUUGCACAGAAGCUGGGCAUGACGCGCGUCUACACGGACGAGGGCGUCAACCUGCCGGUGACGGUGCUGCGGCUGGAGAACUGCCAGGUGGUGGCCCAGCGCACGAACGAUCAGCACGGCUAUGAUGCCGUGCAGCUUGGCGUCGGUUUCGCCAAGCCGAAAAACGUGUCCAAGGCGAUGCGCGGCCAUUUCGCCAAGGCCUCCGUCGAGCCCAAGCGCAAGCUGGCCGAAUUCCGCGUCAGCGCCGACAACAUGCUCGAUGUGGGUGCCGAACUGGUCGCCAGCCAUUUCGUGCCGGGCCAGAAGGUCGACGUGACGGGCACCAGCCAGGGCAAGGGCUUUGCCGGUGUCAUGAAGCGCCACAAUUUCGGUGGCGGCCGCGCCACGCACGGCAACUCGAUCUCGCACCGUUCGCACGGCUCGACCGGCCAGUGCCAGGACCCCGGCAAGGUGUUCAAGGGCAAGAAGAUGGCCGGCCACAUGGGCGCGACCCGCGUGACCACGCAGAACCUCGAAAUCGUCUCCACCGACGAUGAGCGCGGCCUGAUCCUGGUCAAGGGCGCGAUCCCCGGCUCCAAGGGCGCAUGGAUCCUCGUCCGCGACGCCGUCAAGCAGCCCGUUCCAGGGAGCCGAAUAAUGGAACUCGCAGUCACCACGCUGGCCGGCAAAUCCGCCGGCAAGAUCACGCUCAAGGACGAUGUGUUCGGCCUCGAGCCGCGCGCCGACAUCCUGCAGCGCAUGGUGCAGUACCAGCUCGCCAAGAAGCGCGCCGGCACACACCAGACGAAGGGCCGCUCGGACAUUGCCCGCACCGGCGCCAAGAUGUACCGCCAGAAGGGCACCGGCCGCGCCCGGCACCAUGCCGCGUCCGCGCCGCAGUUCCGCGGCGGCGGCAAGGCGCAUGGUCCGGUCAGCCGCGAUCAUGCCAUCGGCCUGCCCAAGAAGGUCCGUGCGCUGGCUCUGCGCCACGCACUGUCGACCAAGGCCAGGGAUGGCGGUCUGAUCAUCGUCGACGAACUGGCGGCCAAGGACGGCAAGACCAAGGUUCUGGCCAAGCAGCUGGCCGAUCUGGGCCUGUCCAACGCUCUGGUCAUCGGCGGCGCUGAACUGGAAGACGGCUUCAGGAAGGCCGCAGCCAACAUCGCCAAUGUCGAUGUGCUGCCGGUCGUGGGCAUCAACGUCUAUGACAUUUUGCGCCGCAACACGCUGGUCCUUUCCAAGGAUGCCGUUGUCUUCAACGUGGCGCGCGAUGCCUCCAAGCCCGAGAUAAAGGCCGCCAUCGAGGCGCUGUUCUCGGUCAAGGUCAAGGCCGUCAACACGCUGGUCCGCAAGGGCAAGCAAAAGCGGUUCCGCGGCAUCAAGGGGCGUCAGUCCGAUGUGAAAAAGGCGAUUGUGACGCUGGCCGAAGGCCAGUCGAUCGACCUGGUCAUUGUCGACCGGUCGGGCCUGCACAAGGGCGCGCCCGUCAAGGCGCUGACCGAGGGGCUGACAAAGUCCGGCGGACGCAACAAUGCCGGCCGCAUGACCUCGCGCCACAUCGGCGGCGGGCACAAGCGGACCUACCGCAAGAUCGAUUUCAAGCGGCGCAAGCACGAUGUUUCGGCGACGGUCGAGCGGAUCGAGUAUGAUCCCAACCGCACCGCCUUCAUCGCGCUGAUCAAAUAUGACGAUGGCGAACUGAGCUAUAUCCUCGCGCCGCAGCGCCUGCAGGCGGGCGACAAGGUGAUCGCCGGCGCCAAGGCCGAUGUGAAGCCGGGCAAUGCGAUGCCGCUGGGCGCGAUGCCGGUCGGCACGAUCGUCCACAAUGUCGAACUCAAGCCGGGCAAGGGCGCCCAGGUGGCCCGCUCCGCCGGCGCCUAUGCGCAGCUUGUCGGCCGCGACCAGGGCAUGGCGAUCCUGCGCCUCAAUUCGGGCGAACAGCGCCUGGUGCAGCAGUCCUGCUUUGCCACCGUCGGUGCCGUGUCGAACCCCGACCACGGCAACAUCAAUCUGGGCAAGGCCGGCCGCAAGCGCUGGCUUGGCCGUCGCCCGCAUGUGCGCGGCGUCGUCAUGAACCCAGUCGACCACCCCCAUGGCGGCGGUGAAGGCCGCACCUCGGGCGGCCGCCACCCGGUCACCCCGUGGGGCAAGCCGACCAAGGGCAAGCGGACGCGCUCGAACAAGCAGACCGACAAAUUCAUCAUGCGCUCGCGCCCGUUCGUUGACGGCUAUCUGCUCAAGAAGGCGGAAAAAGCCCGUGAAGGCGGCCGCAAUGACGUCAUCAAGAUCUGGAGCCGCCGCUCGACGAUCAUGCCGCAAUUCGUCGGCCUGACCUUCGGCGUCUAUAACGGCCAGAAGCACAUUCCGGUCUCCGUGUCCGAGGACAUGGUCGGCCACAAGUUCGGCGAAUUCGCACCCACGCGCACCUAUUUCGGUCACGGCGCGGACAAGAAGGCCCGCGCGGUGGCGCGGAUGGUCCGCGUCAGCCCGCAGAAACUCAAUCUGGUCGCCCAGAUGAUCCGCGGCAAGAAGGUCGAAUCGGCGCUGGCCGAUCUCGAAUUCUCGCGCAAGCGCAUCGCCGGCACGGUCAAGAAGACGCUGGAGUCGGCGAUCGCCAACGCCGAGAACAAUCAUGAUCUCGAUGUCGACGCGCUGAUCGUGUCGGAAGCCUAUGUCGGCAAGUCGAUCGUCAUGAAGCGCUUCCAUGCCCGUGGCCGCGGCCGCGCCAGCCGAGGCCGCGUAAUGGGCCAGAAGAUCAAUCCGGUCGGCUUCCGUCUGGGCAUCAACCGCACCUGGGAUUCGCGCUGGUAUGCCAACACCGGCGAAUAUGGCCAGCUGCUGCACGAGGACCUGAAGAUCCGCGAAUAUCUGGAAAAGGAGCUCAAGCAGGCUGCCGUUUCCAAGAUCGUGAUCGAGCGUCCGCACAAGAAGUGCCGCGUGACCAUCCAUUCGGCGCGUCCGGGCAUCAUCAUCGGCAAGAAGGGCGCCGACAUCGAAAAGCUGCGCCGCAAGCUCAGCCAGUUCACCGAUGCCGAGACCGUUCUGAACAUCGUCGAGGUGCGCAAGCCCGAGAUCGAUGCGACGCUGGUCGCCCAGUCGAUCGCCCAGCAGCUCGAGCGCCGCGUGGCGUUCCGCCGCGCCAUGAAGCGCGCCGUUCAGUCGGCCAUGCGCCUUGGCGCCCAGGGCAUCCGCAUCAACUCGGCCGGUCGCCUUGGCGGCGCCGAGAUCGCCCGCACCGAAUGGUACCGUGAAGGCCGGGUGCCGCUGCACACGCUGCGCGCCGACGUCGAUUACGGCACCGCCGAAGCCGAGACCGCCUAUGGCAUCAUCGGCAUCAAGGUCUGGAUCUUCAAGGGCGAGAUCCUCGAGCACGAUCCGAUGGCGUCCGAACGCCGCGCGACCGACCAGUUCCGCAAGCAGUUCAAGGGUAAGAUCCGCGGCGUCGCCAAGGGCGGCACCGAUCUGAACUUCGGUGCCUACGGCCUGAAGGCGCUUGAGCCCAACCGCGUCAACGCCCGCGAGAUCGAGGCGGCCCGCCGCGCGAUCACCCGUCACAUGAAGCGUGCCGGCCGCGUGUGGAUCCGCAUCUUCCCCGACGUGCCGGUCACCUCCAAGCCGACCGAAGUGCGCAUGGGCAAGGGCAAGGGUUCGGUCGAUUACUGGGCCGCGCGCGUCAAGCCGGGCCGGGUGAUGUUUGAAAUCGAUGGUGUGCCCGAAGACGUCGCGCGUGAAGCGCUGCGCCUUGGCGCUGCCAAACUGUCGGUCAAGACGCGCUUCAUCCAGCGCAUUGGCGCCGACAAGCUGGCCGAACUGAAGAAGGAACAGUUCUCGCUGCGCUUUCAGGCCGCGACGGGACAGCUCGAGAAUUCGGCGCGCGUGCGCCAGGUGCGCCGCGACAUUGCGCGCGUCAAGACCGUCGCCGCCGGUGUCGUGGUCAGCGACAAGAACGACAAGACCGUCGUCGUGCGCGUCGAACGCCGCUUCGCGCACCCGCUGAUGAAGAAAACCGUGCGUCGCACCAAGCGCUACCAGGCGCAUGACGAGAGCAACCAGGUCAAGGUCGGCGACACGGUGCGCAUCCAGGAAUGCGCGCCGAUUUCCAGGAACAAGCGCUGGGCGGUGGUGGCCGACCAGGUGCUGGGCGGAUCGAAGCGCAAAUAUGCGUCCGUCGGUGACAUCAUCGUCGUCUCCGUCAAGGAGGCGAUCCCGCGCGGCCGCGUCAAGAAGGGCGACGUCAUGAAGGCGGUCGUCGUGCGCACCGCCAAGGACAUUCGCCGUCCCGACGGCAGCGUCAUCCGGUUCGACGGCAAUGCCGCCGUUCUGGUCAACAACAACAAAGAGCCGGUCGGCACCCGUAUCUUCGGAGCGGGUCUUAUGCAGAAGAUCAAGAAGGGCGACCAAGUCGUCGUGCUCACCGGCAAGGACAAGGGCCGCAAGGGCAAUGUCGUCCGCGUCAUGCCCAAGGACGGCAAGGCGCUGGUGUCGGGCAUCAACAUGGUCAAGCGCCACCAGAAGCAGACCGCUGCCCAGGAGGCCGGCAUCAUCAACAAGGAGGCGCCGAUCGACCUGUCCAACCUGGCGAUCGCCGACCCCAAGGACGGCAAGCCCACCCGCGUGGGCUUCCGCGUCGAAGACGGCAAGAAAGUGCGCUUUGCCAAGCGUUCCGGAGCCCAGUAUCGCGACGCCAUUCGCGGCGAAAUGCGCGAGCGUUUCGAGUACGCCAACCUGAUGGAAAUCCCCAAGGUCACCAAGAUCGUGGUGAACAUGGGCGUGGGCGAUGCGACCACCGAUUCAAAGCGCCCCGCCACGGCCGCCGAGGACCUGUCGCUGAUCACCGGCCAGAAGGCCGUGGUGACCCGCGCCCGCAACUCGAUUGCCGGCUUCAAGGUGCGUGAAGAGAUGCCGCUGGGCGCCAAGGUGACGCUGCGCGGCAACAUCAUGUACGAAUUCAUGGACCGGCUGAUCAACAUCGCGCUGCCGCGCGUGCGCGACUUCCGCGGCCUGAACCCCAAGAGCUUUGACGGCCGUGGCAACUUCGCCAUGGGCCUGAAAGAACACAUCGUCUUCCCGGAGAUCAACUACGACAAGGUCGAUCAGGUCCGGGGCAUGGACAUCAUCGUUUGCACGAGUGCGAGCACGGAUGAUGAAGCGCGUGAACUGUUGCGUGCCUUCAACUUCCCGUUCCAGCAGCAGCACUAA